GGCGCCCUGUCACACAUCGCAUUCAACAUACACAAACAUGGCGUCAGGGCAGACACGCAAGAUGCUGGCGCUCAGUCGCUGUGCCAUAUAUCUGUUAUUAUUACUCGUUCCUGGCGCGAUCUCCUCCACGCUUCGACUUCACCAUGAUCAGAGAUUCAUGCUACCACAGGACAGGGGUUUCUCCCUAGUGCGUGCACACCUGGAGCAUGCAGAAAGUCGCGUCGUGCGUCUGGAGAGAGAAGUCAGGGAGGCUUCAUCCGCGCACCAGCAUCGCGUUCGGCGGAAUGCUGCUGGAUCACCCGUGCCAAAGGUUUAUGGAAGGGCCAACCUGAAUGACUCUCAUAAUCAAAUGGUCGUCCACUGGGCUGGAGAGAAGAGCAAUGUCAUAGUAGCGCUCGCGAGAGACAGCGUUGGUGCCACAGAUCCCAAGAGCAGCUCGGUGUACGUGUCUUACGACUAUGGAACCACCUUCACUCACGUAUCAGAGAAAUUUCAACUGUCUGGGGACCAGGAAGGCAAGAAACAAGUCAUCUCACAGUUUUACCACAGCCCCGCCGACAACAAACGAUAUCUAUUUACUGACACCACGAACAGUUACCUGUGGAACACCUUUGACUUCUGCCAAACUGUUCAGGGUUUCUCUAUCCCAUUCAAGCCCACAGACUUACUGCUGCACAGUAAGAGGCCUAACCUGGUCCUUGGUUAUGACAGUUCUCACCCCAAUAAACAGCUAUGGAAAUCAGAUGACUUCGGUGAGACGUGGGUGUUAAUUCAGGAGCAUGUGAAGUCCUACUUCUGGGGUGUGGAACCGUACGACAACCCCACCACAGUGUUUGUCCAGCGCCACGAGCCCCAGGGAGACUCCAGCAUCCUCAGCAGUACAGACUUCUUCCAGGACGAGCAAAACCGCCGUGUUAUCCUGGAGAAGGUGGACAGCUUCCAGCUACGGGACAAGUACAUGUUUGCCACAACCACGUGGACAUUAUUUGGGAGCCAUGAGACUCAGUCUGUCCAGCUGUGGGUUUCCUACAACCGGCAGCCAAUGAGAGCAGCUCAGUUUAACACCCGCCACCCCAUCACAGAGUACUACAUAGCAGAUGCUUCGGAGGAACAGGUGUUCGUAUGCGUGAAUCACAAUAAUAACGUUACACACCUGUACAUCUCGGACACACAGGGCCUAGCCUUCUCUCUGUCCUUAGAGAACGUGCUGUUCUACAGCCCUGAUGGCUCGGGGAGCAACACGCUCAUCAGGUACUUCGCCAACGAGCCGUUUGCAGAUCUCCACCGGGUCGAGGGGCUGAGGGGUGUGUUUGUGGCCACUCUGAUCAAUGGAUCGGUCACUGAGGACAACAUGCGAUCAGUCAUCACGUUUGAUAAAGGAGGAACCUGGGAGCUUCUGCAGCCACCUGCGGCCGACAGCCUGGGAGGAACCAUAAACUGCCAGCUGGACAAUGGCUGUUCCCUGCACUUGGCCCAGAGAUGGAGUCAGCUGCUGAAUAUUCAGCUGCGCAGGAUCCCUAUUCUGUCUAAAGAGUCUGCACCUGGCCUCAUCAUGGCAACAGGAUCUGUUGGAAAGAAUCUGGCCAAUAAGCCCAAUGUGUAUGUGUCCAGUAGCGCAGGGGUCAGAUGGAGAGAGGCCCUGGCUGGUCCUCAUUUCUACACCUGGGGAGAUCAUGGAGGGAUCCUGAUGGCUAUCGCACAGGGUGGCUCCACCAAAACACUCAAAUUCAGUACCAACGAGGGGGAAACCUGGAAAGAGUUCCAGUUCUCAGAGCAGGAGGUAUAUGUGUACCAACUGCUGACUGAACCGGGUGAAAAGAGCACCAUCUUCACCAUCUUUGGCUCAUAUGCGGACCAGAAACACAGCUGGCUCAUUGUGCAGGUCAACUCUAGUGAUGUUCUUGGUGUGCCGUGCUCUGAGGGCGACUAUAAACGCUGGUCUCCUUCUGAUGAGAGGGGAAACGGCUGUCUGCUCGGCAGAGAGAUGGUGUACAAGCGCCGCUCGCCUCACGCCACCUGCUUCAACGGCGAGGACUUCGACAGGCCCGUCACUCUGUCCAACUGCUCCUGCACUCGACAGGACUAUGAGUGUGACUACGGGUUUAAGCUGAGUGAGGAUCUGUCUCUCGAGGUGUGUGCGCCUGAUCCUGAGUUUUCUGGAAACAUUUAUGCCCCACCAGUACCCUGUCCGGUGGGCACCACUUACCGCCGCAGCAAAGGGUACAGGAAGGUUUCUGGAGACAGCUGCAGUGGGGGAGAUGUUGAAACUCGGCUGGAUGGUGAAAUGCUGCCCUGUCCUGUGGGAGAGAGUAAUGAGUUCAUCCUGUAUGCGGUGAGGAGCUCCAUUCACCGCUAUGACCUGGCCACAGGUACAGACCAGCCGCUUCCACUCUCAGGUCUCCAUGAGGCCGUGGCUCUGGAUUUUGAUUAUGAGAAGAACUGCCUAUACUGGGCUGAUAUUUCACUGGACACCAUACAGAGACUGUGUUUGAAUGGAAGCUCUGGACAGGAAGUGAUUGUCAGAAAGGACUUACAAAACGUGGAGGCGCUGUCAUUUGACCCCAUCAGCCGGUUGCUGUAUUGGGUGGAUGCUGGUGCUCACAAAAUCGAGGUUUCCAACUCUGAUGGAGACCUGAGACGCACUCUGGUCAAUUCUUCAGUGGUGGAGCAGCCUCGAGCCCUGACGCUCAUGCCAGGAGAGAGCUUGAUGUUUUGGACAGACUGGGGCGAUCGCGCAGCAGGCAUCUACCGCAGCUGGAUGGACGGUUCCAACAUCGCCUGCAUUGUGUCUGAGGCAGUUCGCUGGCCCAACGGCAUAACGGCCGAUGAUUCGUGGCUGUACUGGACAGAGGCAUAUGGAGACCGCAUUGAAAGAGCAGACUUUAAUGGAGGCCACCGUACUGUGAUAAUGGAGGGCCUGCCACAUCCUUAUGCUAUUGCUGUUUUUAAGAAUGACCUGUACUGGGAUGACUGGUCUAGAAUGGGAAUCUUCAAAGCACCUAAAUCAGGCUCACCAGACAGUGAGAUGCUAGUGGGCAGACUGACAGGAGUGAUGGAUCUCAAGAUCUUCUACAAGGGAAAAAACAGAGGUCAGAAUGCUUGUGUGGAUCAGCCAUGCAGCCUUCUGUGUCUUCCCCAGCCUGGAAACAAGCAUCACUGUGUUUGCCCCGAUGGAGUUUCCACCACCAUCCUACCCUCAGGAGAGCAUCAGUGCCAGUGUCCCAGUGGAUACCAGCUCCGCAAUAAUACAUGCAUUAAGACAGAACACACCUGCCAGCCAAACCAGCACCGCUGCGCUAAUGGAAAAUGCAUCAGCAGCAUCUGGAAGUGUGACAGUGACAACGACUGCGGCGACAUGAGUGAUGAACAGGAGUGUCCCACCACUUCCUGUGACUCUGCGGUCCAGUUCCGCUGUGUGGCCUCAGGAUCCUGCAUUCCACUGGCCUUCAAGUGUGACCACGAGGAUGACUGUGGAGAUAACAGCGAUGAGGAGCAUUGUGAGUCUCACAAGUGUGGACCGGGGGAGUUCACCUGUGCAAGAGGUGUGUGUAUUCGAGAUGCAUGGCGCUGUGAUGGAGACAACGACUGCAGGGACUGGUCAGACGAGGCCAACUGUACUGUGGGUCACCACACGUGUGAGAGCAGUAGUUUCCAGUGUCACACGGGUCACUGCAUUCCUCAGCGCUGGGUGUGUGACGGAGAUGAUGACUGCCAGGAUGGCUCCGACGAGGACCCAACCCAGUGUGGUAAAGAAAAGUGCAAUGGCUUCUUGUGCUCCAAUGGCACCUGUCUGCCUGCUAGUGCUCACUGCAAUGGUGUGGAGGACUGUCCAGGAGGCGCUGAUGAGCAAAACUGCGGUCCCCUCUGUGCACAUUAUAUGGAGUUUGUGUGCAGAAACCGAGCACAGUGUCUAUUCCAGUCUCUGGUGUGUGACGGUACCCGGCACUGCUCCGAUGGAUCUGAUGAGGACCCGACGUUUGCAGGCUGCUCAACUAACCCUGAGUUUGAGAAAACAUGUGACGGCUACAGCUUCCAGUGUUCCAAUGGAAUGUGUGUGACUCUGGAGUGGAAGUGUGAUGGCAUGGACGACUGUGGUGACUACUCAGACGAGGCCAACUGUGCGUCCCCGACCGAUGAGCCGGGCUGCUCGCGUUACUUUCAGUACGAGUGUAAGAACGGCCGCUGUGUGCCCGCCUGGUGGAAGUGUGAUGGGGAAAAUGACUGCGGUGACUGGUCUGAUGAAUCUCAAUGCUCAGAUGGUGGAGCUCCUCACACACCUGCGCCGGGUCCAGCUACCUGUGCUCCUAAUCGUUUCCGCUGUGGUUCUGGCGCGUGUAUUAUGAACACCUGGGUGUGCGAUGGCUAUACUGACUGUCCUGAUGGCAGCGAUGAAGUGGGCUGUCCCACAGUCAAAGGCUCAGUGACUCCAUUGGCAACUCUUCCUCCUUCGGGCCGCUGUACUAAAGAUCAGUUCCUGUGCCUGAAGCCUCCAGUCUGUAUCGCUGAUUGGCAGCGCUGUGAUGGACAUCCUCACUGCGUGGACGGGUCUGAUGAGGACAACUGUCCCACUCAUGGUCCACUGCUCUGUGUGAAUGGUACUCUCUGUGCGGAUGGCGAGGCCUGCGUACUGAACAGCGAGAGGUGUGAUGGCUUCAUAGACUGUUCUGACCGGAGUGACGAGGACAACUGCACUAUGGAUUUGCUGGUCUACAAAAUUCAAAAUCUACAGUGGAGUGCCAACUUCUCUGGUGCUGUGAUGCUUACCUGGUCAAGGCCCAAAAAUAUGCCUGCAUCCACCUGCUCUUUUAUCAUCUACUUCAGGCAGGUGGGUGUCCAGCAGUGGACGUCCAUGGACACAAACAGUAAUAAGGGCAGUGCCGUUCUGACCGUGUUGAUGCCGGACACCACCUACCAGGUGAAGGUUCAGACUCAGUGUCUCAGCAAACAGCAUAGGACCAAUGAAGUUCUCACACUACGCACACCAGAAGGAUUGCCAGACCCUCCGCAGAAUCUGCAGCUGAGCUCUGACAACGCUGAGGACGGGACGGUACUGUGUUCCUGGAACCCUCCUGAUAAAGCACAUGGACUCAUCAGGGAGUAUAUUGUGGAGUACAGUGAAAAGGACAGUGCAGAGUGGUAUUCCCAGCGUAGCACCAUUACAAAUGCAGAAGUGAAGAACCUGCAGCCCAGCUCGCUGUACAGAUUCAGGGUGGCUGCUGUCACAAGCAGAGGCAUGGGAAACUGGACCGAAAUUAAAUCCAUUAUUCCUCAAAAAGCUCUCUCUCCUCCUGGUGUUGAGAUCACCAGCAUCACAGAGGACUCCAUGAUUUUGUCCAUCACCAAUGAUUAUAAAGUCCAGGUGAAGAACUAUCUUGUUGUCAUUUCAUGGGUAUUUGAUGAACAUGUAAAGGAGAGCUGGAAUUACACGGUUUCAGGGACAUUGAAUGCCUCUAACCUGACAGCAGGAACAGUGUAUGAGGUGGCGGUGUGGGCUCACACGGAUGAUGGAGACAGUCCUACGUCUCUGUUCCGCAAGCAGACCAAAGGUACCAGACCUGCCCAGCCAUCGAUGAAGGCCCGGCCACUCAACCAGACCGCUGUAGAGUGCAACUGGACCGGCCCUCAAGCUGAGAUGUAUGGAGUGUUCUACGCCACAUCCUUCCUGGAUCUGUACCGCAGACCUCACAGGGUGAAUACCACCUCAACCAGUCUGACGGUGACCGUUGACAGCGACAAGCAGUUCCUCUUCCUGGUGAGGGUGAUCGUUCCAUACCUCGGGCCUCCAUCAGACUACGCCGUAGUGAAGAUGAUCCCCAACGAGCGACUUCCACCUCGAAACCUGCACAAAGUACGAGUGGAUAAGACACAGGCCACUCUGAAGUGGCAGCCGCCAUACGAUUCUCCCAGCAGUCCUUUGACAUACGCAGUGCACGUGCGAGAUACAGUUCGUAAAACGGAGCGGGACUAUAAGGUGAGCACUCAGAACAACACAGUGGAGUACAACCUGAAGGGCCUGGAGCCUGGAGGACGCUACAGCAUCACCAUCAGGCUGCUUAACAUGAGCAAAGAGGCCAGCUUCACACUCAACACGGUUCCUCUGCCUGCGCCUGAGGCCCUCAAAAUAUUAGAAGAACAGGAUCAUGUGUUCCUCUUCUGGAAGAGCCUGGCUGUGAAGGACCGGACCUUCAAUGAGAGCAGGGGCUAUGAGGUGUAUAUGCAUGACAGUGUCAGCAACUCCACAAAAUGUCUGGGAAACACAACAGAGACGUUCCUCAGGAUCAGCAACCUGUUGGUGGGCCAUAACUACACGUUCUCAGUGCGGGCACGCUGUCUGCUCAACAACCAGCUGUGUGGAGAAGCGGCGGUGCUGUUAUAUGAUGAACUGGGCAAAGCAGCAGGGCCGAAUGAUGCCUCAUCUCAGUCGGGUAAAUCAGAGGACAUGGCGGCAGUGGUGGUCCCAGUGUUGUUCCUGCUGUUGGUGGGUGUGUGUGGAGGCCUGGUGGUGCUUUACCUCAGACACCGUCGGCUACAGCACAGCUUCACGGCUUUCGCUAACAGCCACUACAACUCUCGUCUGGGCUCUGCCAUUUUCUCCUCAGGAGAUGAGCUGGGUGACGAUGAUGAAGACGCUCCUAUGAUCAGUGGCUUUUCAGAUGACGUUCCCAUGGUGAUUGCAUAGCUGGACAACACUUCUAUCCUCCUCCUUCACUUCCCGCUCCACUUCCUCAUCAUGUUUUCUUACGUGCCCAUCUGGCACGCCUUCAAGCUAUCGAGCCCCCUUCCUCUUUACCCCUCCGGUCUCUUAGAAAAACGCUUGAUUUGGGUUUCUGGACCCCGAGGAAGAAAAGAAAGCAUGGAGCAAAAGAGAUAUUUUUGAAAAUAAGAUGCACUUUUUUCGGAUGCGCAAUAACUUAUUUUUUAUAUAUAAUAUAUGUGGGUAUUGGACUUUGUAGGCAUUAACUGAAGCAAACUGUGAAGGAGUUUGUCAGCUGAUCAGCAGACUCACUGAACAGGGAAAAGACCCUUAUUGUACAACAAACUCUCACACGAGCAUUGCAUUUGCUUAAAGCCAAAACAAGCACCUAGAUAUGGGUACAUCAGUGCAAAAACACAAAAUACACAACAAAAAAAUCUAAAAAGCAAACCUCAUAUGUGUACAGAUGAGAAAAAUGGACCAAUGAAUGCUGACGAAAAGGGAAGGCGGUACGUAGGCUGUUGACAGUAAAUUGCACAGGAUCAGAUUUUUGUUGUAUAUGCUCGAUUUGUGUCACUUUAUGUCAGUAGGCCUGCAUUUGUUCAUGGUACCUUGUUUACACUUUGAAUCCAUUUAUUAAUUUCCUUGCUCAGCAAUAGGUUUAAUUCUCUCUGCUUUUUGAAAAUGUGAAAACUGUAACCUGUUUUGGUUGUUUUCAGAAAAGAAUGACCAAAAUCAAGACAGUUAUUUGAGUGUUGUCCACAUUAAGUCCCAUGCUUAGUCCUAAUGUUCACUGUCGUCUUUGAUUUAUCCUACGCAUUUUAUCUAGCAAAUAUUAUAAUAUUGCAUAUCCUGUGUGCUGCCAUGGUUUUAGUCCUUUAGUGUUCUCAGGGAACUGGGUUAGUGUAGAUGUACCAGCGAUAUCAGUCACACUGCCACAGGCAGCGCAGUGUGUUUAAUUCGGAGACUAUUGUGCUGUACAGUAGUUUCAUAUUGCAGUGAAGCCUGUGCAGCUCUCGUCUGAACGGACCAGAAGGCUUCAUUAUUGUGCCAACUUUAAGAAAAGCAGAGGGUAGAGCAGACGUCUUGCCUUCCCAAACCGUUGUGAAGAGGUACAUGUGUUAAAUCCAUGUUUCAUUUUAACUGGAUUGCGGGUGUUGCUUAAAAGAUUUCUUUAUGAAUGUAUUUUUCUUUUUUCUUUUUUUGGGGGUUUGUUUUUAUGUAUCUUGUAUUGAGGUGACCAGAAAAAAGGAAAAUGCAUAUGGUCUACCCCCUUCUUCUUUAAUGUUCAAGGAUUUUAAAAUGAGGUUUAUGGCCAGUUUACAUUCAAAUGCUUGUGGUCAUUAUUAAUGAUACCCUCUCCCAUUAUUAAUUGGAAUUAUAACUGUUCAGUUGAUAGAUGUGGCUGUUUUUAGUGGAAUUGUUCUUUUCAGUACCACAUUGCCUUAUUACAACACUCUUGAGUAAAGUAUGUAGCAGUAUGUCAAUGUGAUCACACAUGCACACGUUCACAGAAAAUUGAUGAGUAAAAAGUAAAUAAUUGUAAAAAGACUGAAAUAGUGCGAUAGGAAAUGUGUGUAUCGACAUAUUGUGAAUUACCACUGUAUAAAGUUCCAGUGCAGCACUUGUGUGAAUCCUGAGCCACUGUUUUUAUUUUGUCUUGUUUGUAUUCUUUACUCGCAACCAUUUGUGGCGAUAUUUGUCAUGCCCAGUUUGAAACCCAUUAACUUUUGGUCAAUAAGAUGUAAACAUUUUUACAUAGCAGUGACAUUGGACACCGCCAUGUUUAAAUCUUUUAUCUUGCCUGCCUACUGAGGGUUUUAACGAUAAGAAACUUGUAAGUGGUACAGUCUGAAAUGUUUUAUGAACCACUUAUGCUGAAAUAAAUGUGGAAAACUUGAA